AUGGCCUCGCCACUGAGCGACGAAGCUGCAGCGACCUCGGCACCCAUAAUCACCGUUACCGACGCGCCAGACUCGAGCGAUGUGAAAACAGAGGAAACAGCAGUCGUACUGGAUGCACAGAGUGGACAAGGGGGGGAGGAAUUGCCGUCAGAUGCAGACGAGGAGACACGGCUGAAGUUCCUUACAACCGGGACUCGGGCGCAAGAUGAUCUCGAGCGUGACAUUGGCCGCCAGGCAGACCAGCUGCUUACUGAGCAAGCUGAUGCGCGGGACAAGAAGCGUAUAGAGAAGGCAGAAGCAGAGGCAAAGCGCGCCGAAGCUGCGAUACAGAAGCUGCGGAACCGGUUGUCGUUGCCUGCGGUGGAUACACACAAGGCUAAGCUACGCGGAGAGAUUGCUGCAUACCAGCUGAAAAUCGAAGAUCUCGACAAAGAGAUGGAUGCAAUACAGCAACGUAUCAAUGAACGGCAUAAUGCGCCUGGUGAAGAAGAGCCUACUCAGGACGGUGUCAAUGGUCCGUUACCGAACGAGAACCGGCGGGACUUUCUGAUUCGCACUGGCAAGAUCACACCCUUCUCAAGAUUGGCGCAAAAUCAAGCUGGGUCAGGGACACUAGGGGAGACUAUGCUCGAUGCUGAGAUGGAGGACAUGGUCGAAGACGCAGUUGCAGGUCCAACAUCGCAUCGAAACCUCAUGAAACCCGGAUUUGAGGACGUUGAUACAAGCUCGGAGGCCCCCAGCCCUCAGUCUACAACUCGCGCACGGAAGCGACGGAAAACUACAUCCUCUAGUAAUAUGGUGGGCUCACGGGCAACAAGCGCUGACCCAGGUACGACUGACGGAGAUAGUGAUGACGCCUUUGACCCUGAUAUGUCUGCACGGCAAUUAGCUAUACUGGACGACUCCGAUGGUCUCUCGGACGAAGCUGCUGAGGAUGACGACGAAGAUUUCGGUGCGAGCGUUAGCCGGAAACGAAAAGCUGGAGGAAAGAAGUCGAAGAGAGCAAAAGACACGUCUGAAGCUGAGGGAGAAGAAGAAGACCUUACAGGAGUAGACGACGGGAACGAAAAGGUGUAUCGUCAACGCGUAGACAGAUGGUCUAAAAAUCGCGCAGCAGCCAGAAAGCGAGCGAGAGAACGAACUGGUGAUACUACCACCGAGGACAAUGCAGAAGAAGAGUGGUUCAAGCCACACCCCACGGAGGCCGAUACUGUCCUAGACGGCGGCUUUCGCGUUCCUGGAGACAUCUAUCCAGCACUGUUCGACUACCAAAAGACGGGCGUGCAGUGGCUUUGGGAGCUGUUCCAACAAAAUGUCGGUGGCAUCAUUGGUGAUGAAAUGGGUUUGGGUAAAACCAUUCAAGCUAUUUCAUUUGUUGCAGGUCUCCACUAUUCCAAGCGCCUCACCAAGCCUGUAAUUGUGGUGUGUCCAGCGACAGUCAUGAAGCAGUGGGUCAGCGAGUUUCAUCGUUGGUGGCCAGCCCUGCGUGUUUCUAUCUUACAUACAUCAGGCAGUGGUAUGUUGAACACUCAACGAGAAGAUCGCUAUGAGCGAGAAAUGGAGCUGCGCAGCUAUGGUGACUACGACACCACCUUGACUGGGGCCGGUAAGGCAGCAAAAAAGAUUCUCGAGAAAGUUAAGCGCGACGGGCACGUACUUGUUACAACCUACUCCGGACUUCAGACUUACUCCGAAUUUCUCACAGCAACGGAGUGGGAGUGCGCCAUUCUUGAUGAAGGGCACAAGAUUCGCAACCCCAACACUGCUAUCACGAUCCAUUGCAAAGAGCUGCGAACACCAAACCGCAUCAUCUUGUCAGGCACGCCGAUGCAAAACAAUCUUAGUGAACUCUGGUCUCUAUUUGAUUUUGUGUUUCCCAUGCGACUGGGCACUCUGAUCAACUUCAGGAAUCAAUUCGAGUUUCCAAUCAAGCGUGGUGGCUAUGCAAACGCUUCCAACCUCGAGUUCGAAACUGCUGUUCAAUGCGCAGAAACACUCAAGGAUGCCAUCAGCCCAUAUCUGCUCCAGCGUUUCAAGGUUGAUGUGGCAACCGACCUGCCACAGAAGAAAGAACAGGUGCUGUUUUGCAAAUUGACUCGUCAGCAGCGGCAAGCGUACGAGGGGUUCUUGCAAUCCGAAGACAUGAAAUCCAUUGCAUCAGGAAAACGCCAGAUGCUGUAUGGUGUCGACUAUCUUCGCAAAGUCUGUAACCAUCCUGACUUGACUGAGCACAAGACGUUGUCCAAGCGACCAGGCUACGACUACGGCGCCCCGAACAAGUCUGGGAAAAUGCAAGUAGUCAAGGAGCUGCUAUCGCUAUGGAGAAAAGGCGGUCAUAAGACCCUGCUCUUCGCUCAACACCGCAUUAUGCUUGACAUUCUACAAAAGUUCCUCGAUCAUCUGCCCGACAUCAACUACCGUCGCAUGGACGGCGAGACACCCAUCAAAAACCGGCAGGACCUUGUAGACGAGUUCAACAAGAGUCCAGAUCUGCACGUGUUUCUGCUCACCACAAAGGUUGGCGGGCUUGGUGUCAAUCUUACGGGUGCGAACCGUGUCAUCAUCUACGAUCCUGACUGGAAUCCUUCGACCGACAUCCAAGCACGAGAGCGCUCGUGGCGCCUGGGACAGAAGCGAGAGGUUGAGAUCUAUCGUCUCAUGUCUGCAGGUACUAUCGAAGAAAAGAUCUAUCAUCGUCAGAUCUUCAAGCAGUUUUUGACAAAUAAGGUACUCAAAGACCCUAAACAACGUCAGACCUUCCAGAUGAGUGAUCUACACGACCUCUUCACGUUGGGAGGUGAAACUGCCGAUGGCGAGACAGAAACAGGUAACCUCUUCCGAGGAUCAGAGGUCCAAUUUGAUGAAGACGGCGGUAGUGUCUCAGCACCAGACGCCACAGCAAUCAGCGACCUCGCAGCAGUAAAAGGCAUCGACCGCGCCGAAGCUUUCCAGGCACCAGUGUCCGACACUGAAGAUGCUGCCAACCACAGCGCAGGUGAGAGCAACGAAGCAGAUAAACCCGCAUCAGACGGCCGUCUCAUGUCUACUAUUUUCGCCAAAACAGGCGUUCACUCGGUUCUCGAGCAUGACGCAAUUGUCAACUCGACCGCCGGCGGGCGCAGACGCAGAGUCCAGGCCGACCCAGCUUUCGUCCAGCGCGAAGCUAAGCGCCAGGCUGCCCUGGCCGCUGAACAGCUGAAGAGGAGCAUGGAGGAGGCCCGCGCCGUACCAGUCGGCGUACCUACCUGGACAGGCACAUAUGGCGAAGCCGGUCGUCCAAGCGAGCCCUCACCCUCUCGGUCACUCGCCUCCACGCGCGGCGGGCGAGGAGGCCGUGGAGGGAACAGCAGCAGCCUGAGACGCGGCGCGCCCUCGUCGACAUCGAUUCUCUCCAACCUCGCAGCUCGACAAGGCCGUCCAGGAGCCACCACGGCCGCUUCCACGUCUGCGUCGUCGUCGUCGCGCGCAUCCACGCCCUCGGCUACGACGCCGGGCUCGUUCCGCGGCCGCCGCAUGCUAGAGAUGAUUCGCGAUUUCAUGAUGACGCACGGUGGUGUUGUGCCGAGCCAGAUGUUGGUCGAUCACUUCGAUCACUAUGUGCGUGCGCAGCCGGGCAGGAACGAGGAGUUCAAGGAGAUGCUGAAGACGAUUGCCACGCUCGAGAAGAGCGGGUCUGCGCAGAGGGGGCGGUGGGUGUUGAAGGAUGAGUGGAGGACUAGGGGACCGAGUGGUCGGUGA